AUGUUACGUGUCCAGCCAACUGAUAAACUUGGUGAAUUGGAGAAAGAGACACUUGCAAACUUGGAGCGCGAUGGACUUCGUCACACGCAGUUUGUCAAGAGCAAUCCUGAGGACCGACAGCGUGCGGAGAGCCUGGGGUGGUCAGGCAAACUCCUCAACUUCGAGAUACCAGGUACCGAGCCAAGGCAGACGUAUGAUGCAGUCCUAGACUCACUCGCUGGGUUUGUGAGGUGUAGUAAUGCUUGUGCCUAUUGGCACAAGAUUGCACUGGCGGACGGGGUCAGGUUUUGCUUUGGAAAAGAAGGUGCAGUCGAAUCCUUGGUAAAGGCCCCGAGCACCACGGAGCCCGGAAAGGAAAAGGUCACAGGUAUUCGAACUGAGGAUGGGAGUCUUCAUACCGUGGAUACUGUUGUUGUUGCUGCUGGGUCCUUUUCGACUCAGGUCUUACCUGAGUUAAGCUACCAUCUCGAGUCAUCUGCUGGUAGUGUAGCCACAUUCAAAAUUGAUCGCAAGCAAACAGAUCUAUGGGAUAAGUACUCCCCCGACAAAUUCCCCGUCAUCACUUGGAAAGCCACUCCCCGUGAUAAGGCCGGCAAGGACACUGGUAGUAUCUACGUCUUGCCUCGCACGCCGCAAGGCUACCUCAAGAUUGGGUACCGAGGAAUAAAGGUAAGAGGCUUCAAGCAACGGCUUAUCAGAUACUGA